UUGCGGAUUGUCUUUCACGUUGAUCGCUUGUCUCUGUGAUUUUUUCCUUAUGUCUUCUCAAACUAAGCCGAUCUUAUACUAUGACGAUCGCAGUCCCCCAGUACGCAGCUGUCUUAUGUUAAUUAAGUUGCUGGAUAUUGAUGUGGAGCUACGGUUUGUGGAUCUUUUCAAGGGCGAACAAUUCGGAAAAGACUUUUUGGCGUUAAAUCCCCAACACAGUGUUCCAACUUUAGUGCAUGGAGACCUGGUAUUAACAGAUAGUCAUGUUAUACUUGUUCACCUGGCGGAGAAGUAUGAUGUCGAAGGGAAUCUCUGGCCAAAGGACUAUGAAAAGCGCAUGCUGGUAUUGAAUCGCUUGUUCUUUGAAUGUUCCUUUUUAUUUCGUCGGGACAGUGAUUUUAUGUCGGCGAUUGUCCGCCAGGGAUUUGCCCAUGUCGAUGUGGUUCAUCACGAGCGAAAGUUGACCGAGGCGUAUGGCGCCCUGGAGAGCUACCUGGAAAAGAGCGAAUAUAUGGCCGGCGAACAGCUGACUCUCGCCGACUUAUCCAUUGUGACCACACUGAGCACUGUGAAUCUCAUGUUUCCACUGAUGCGAUUUCCUCGCCUGCAACGCUGGUUCACCGCCAUGCAGGAGCUGACUGCCUACAAAGAAGCCAACUGCAGCGGAUUGGAGAAGUUGCGCCACACCAUGGAGCACAUUGGCAAGUUCCAGUUUCCCACCGCCGCCGCUAAGGUUGAGGAAUAGGAGGAGUGCACACGUUGGUUAUUAAAUGGCGUGUUUAAUUUAGCUUCGGGGGUAUGGUUGUAAUUAGAUAUUUGCAUAGCAGGUGAAGGAUGAUUGCAGUGGACCCAUGGCUUUCAAUUUUACGAGAAAUUACCACCUUAGCAGUAAACGUUUUAUCAGAUAUCUUUCAUUAUCAACAAAGAAAAUAAACAAUUUUUAAUGGAUAUUUCUAACUCUUGUAUGGAUGAGAA